AUGUCUUUACAAAGUGCACUUGUGGUUAAACAGGAAUCAAAUGACAAAGCAAUACAAUCUAUGGAUUUAAAAUCAGAUGUAACAUUGGCAAUUUUAACUUUAGAAGAUGUGAAACCAAAUUUAUCAACAUUGAUUUCAACUUCAAAUGUUAUCAAACAAAAUAUGUCAUCACAAUCUUCACCUUUACAAGGCAGGACAAAUGAAACAGUUUCAUUUUCAACUACAGAAGAUCAACAUUCAGAUCAAACAUCUUCUUAUUCUAAAGAUAUGAAACCAAAUGUUUCAACAGAAGUUUUAAGGUGUGAUGUUAUGAAAAAGGAUAUCUUAACAUUUUCAUCAUUUAAGGGUGAAAACAAAAAUAGCUUAGAUGUUCAAAGACAGCUUGAAUAUUUACCAGAUUCAGAUGCUUUUAUUGAAAAUUUUACAGUUGUAAAAUCAGAUCUUCAUCAUGAUUUAAAAGAACUCAAGGAAUUGCAUAAAGAAGUUAUUGAUAAUUUUCCAACAAUGUAUGAGCUCAGAGAUAAAGGACUGAAGACGUAUAAGUGUGAUAUGUGUUGUCAAAGAUUUACUCAUUUUUAUCAUAUUACACAACAUAUGAAAACUCACACAAGAAAGAAUUUAUAUGGGUAUAAUUUUCAUCAGCAACAAGGUGCUAUGAAAAAAAAACACAAGAAGUUACAUCCUGAAGACAGAUGCAAUGAAUGUGAUCAUAAAAAAACUCAUUUACAUGAGAAACAAUAUGAAUGUUAUGUGUGUCAUAAAAACUUUGCUCAGAGGUACCAGUUAUCUCGACAUCAAAUGACUCAUUCUGGGCUUAAGCCACAUGAAUGUGAUGUGUGUCAUAAAAAGUAUUCUCGGAAAAAUCAUUUAUUGGAGCAUAAAAAGACUCAUUCAGAUGGUCCACUUGGGCCUCCUGAAUGUGAUUUUGUUCAGAGGUACCAGUUAUCACGACAUCAAAUGACUCACACUGGGCUUAGGCCACAUGAAUGUGAUGUGUGUCAUAAAAAGUAUUCUCGGAAAGAUCAUUUAUUGGAGCAUAAAAAGAUUCAUUCAGGCAGUCCACUUAGCCUUCAUGAAUGUGAUGUGUGUCAUAAAAAGUAUGCUAAUAAGUCGGGUUUAUGUUUUCAUAAAAAGUCUCAUUCUGGGCUCAGGCCACAUGAAUGUGAUGUUUGUCAUAAAAACUAUACUCGGAAAGAUGAAUUAUUGGAGCAUAAAAAGACUCAUUAA